AUGCCGAACGAAAAGAAACCCCUUCUGGACGCAUCAGGUGCUGAGCCCAUAGCUGAAGAUGCCACCGCAACAGCCAUUCUUAGAAGAAAGAAGAAGGAUAAUGAUUACGAACCCAAUUGUGUUGAUUUGAGCAAAGUUGGCUUUCUGUUCUGUGCUCUCGCUAGCGUUUCAUACAUGGUUACGCCAGAUUACUAA